AUGGCCAACAAUAGUUGUCUGACCGUCAGUGCCCAGAUACCGGAGUCCAGGAGGCCGCAGUACAUGGAGCUGCGCCCCGCAGCGGCCGGAGGGGGCGCCCCUGUGCAGCAGCUCCAGGCGCCGAAGUCUUCCGAGGGCCUGGGCACCGCCCGCGCCUGGAGCUGGGCCUGGCCCGCUAACCACACCGGGGCCCUGGCCCGGGUGGGGGCGGUGGGGGCGCUGCCCGUGCAGCGCACCAAGAGGAAGCCGUCUAUCAAAGCGGCCCGCGCCAAGAAGAUCUUCGGCUGGGGGGACUUCUACUUCCGAGUGCACACCCUCAAGUUCUCGCUGCUGGUGACGGGCAAGAUCGUCGACCACGUGAACGGGACCUUCAGCGUGUACUUCCGCCACAAUUCCUCCAGCCUGGGCAACCUCAGCGUCAGCAUCGUGCCGCCGUCCAAGCGCGUGGAGUUCGGGGGCGUCUGGCUGCCCGGCCCCGCCCCCCACCCUCUGCAGUCGACGCUGGCCUUGGAGGGGGUCCUCCCCGGGCUGGGGCCCCCUUUGGGGUUAGCUGCUGCUGGGGCGGGGCUCGGAGAAUGCCUCGGGGGCGCUCUGGCGGAUCCACUCAUUGGAAUCCUGGGGAAAGAUAGAAACUUAUAA